AUGGUGGGAAGGAACAUCAGCAUUAGGCCCAAUUUCAUCCUUCUGGGAUUCUCAGAGCAUCUAGAACUUCAAGUUGCCCUCUUCGUGUUGUUUUUGGGGAUCUACCUCAUGACUCUGUCUUGGAAUCUGGUCCUCAUCGUCUUGAUCAGGAUGGAUUCACACCUUCACUCCCCCAUGUACUUCUUCCUUGGUAACUUGUCCUUGGUUGACAUCUCAUACACCUCCUCUGUAGCCCCAAAGAUGCUCUGUGACUUCUUCAAAGAGCAGAAGACCAUUUCCUACGUGGGAUGUGCUACUCAAUUUUUCUUCUUCAUCGGGAUGGGAGGCACUGAAUGCUGCCUUCUAGCAGCCAUGGCGUAUGACCGGUACGCUGCCAUCUCUAACCCUCUGCUCUACACGGCCCUCAUGUCGCCCCCCAUCUGUGUGGGAAUGGUCAUUACGGCAUAUGCAGGGGGAUUCCUCACUGGACUGGUCCAAACCAGCUCUGUGUUCCAGCUCCACUUCUGUGGCUCCCGGGUUAUUAACCAUUUUUUCUGUGAUCUCUCACCGCUCCUAGUCUUAUCUUGCUCGAGUACCUUCCUCAGCCAGGUGGUGAACUUCCUUGUCGUGUGUGCAGUUGGUGGCUCCUCGGCUGUUGUUGUUCUGGUUUCCUAUGGCUACAUCAUUGCUGCUGUCCUGAAGAUCCAGUCAACGGGAGGGCGAGCGAAGGCUUUCAACACCUGUGCCUCUCAUCUGACUACGGUGAUUCUCUUUUAUGGCUCUGGUCUCUUUUCCUAUCUCCAUCCAAGUACUAGAUACUCACAGGAUGAUGAUAAGGUGGUGUCCGUGGUUUACGCAGUGGUAAUCCCCAUGUUGAAUCCCAUUAUAUACAGUCUGAGAAAUAAGGAGAUCAAAGACGCAUUGAAAAAACUCAAAGAGAGGAAGAAGCAAGUAAUCUCUCUGUGCCUUCAAGUCCACUGA